AUGGCUCCUCUAGUGUCGGCGUUCACGGUUCUAACCAUGGUUUACAUGGUGGCAGCGGGCUCGCAGGUGCCGUGCGCGGAAUUGAGCGACGGGAAUCUGAUGCCGAUCGUUGCCCUAGGAACCGGCAGGGGCACCGCUAAAGAGAGCGAGUCCGUGGACGAAGUGCGGAAGGCCGUGUUCUGGGCCUUGGAGGCUGGAUACCGACACAUCGACACGGCAGCGGUUUACGAGGACGAGGAGCAAGUAGGCCAGGGUAUAGCCGAGGCCAUAGAUAAGAAUAUCAUCACCAGGGACAACAUAUUCGUCACGACUAAGCUAUGGAAUGACAACCAUCGUCGGGAGCAAGUUGUGCCUGCCCUCCGUGAGUCUCUUAAGCGACUCAAAUUGGAAUACGUGGACCUAUACCUGAUUCAUUUCCCGGUCUCCACUAAGGAAGACGGCUCCCCAGACAACGUGGAUUAUUUAGAGACUUGGCAGGGUAUGGAAGAAGCGAAAGCCCUGGGUCUUACCAGGUCGAUAGGUGUUUCGAACUUUAAUAUCGAGCAGCUGCAGAGGUUGCUUGCAAACAGUCGUACAAGGCCAGUGGUCAACGAGGUUGAGGUCAGCCCAACCUUCACCCAAGAGCCAAUGGUCUCCUUCUGCCAAGCGAACGGCAUAGUCGUUAUGGGCUACAGUCCCUUCGGAUUCUUCGUAGGCAGAGAAAGCGCCAUGAACCUGGACAAAACUACUCUGUUGAAGAUAGCCGAAAAAUACGGAAAGUCUUUCGGACAGGUCAUUUUAAGAUAUUUGAUCCAGCGCGGCGUUGUCCCCAUUCCGAAGUCGACCAACCAAAGGAGAAUAGCUGAGAACAUCGAUCUCUUCGAUUUUAGUCUCAGUGAGGACGAAGUCGCCACUAUCAGCCAAUACAACAGGAACACCCGCGUUAUCCAUCCCGUCGAAUGGAAAGAUUAUCCCUUCUACCCUUUUGAAAAGGAA